AGCGCACCGCAGCUGGCUGCUCGCUCUCGGCGCGUGGCAGAUGGAGUCGAUUUGAACGAGAGAGAGAGAGAGUCUGCCGCGAGCCCUUUUUGGAGGGGAAAAGACGUGAAUAAAUCGAGAUUUUUAUUUAUUUUUUGUUUGUUUUUUUUAAAUCUGCAAUGAGAGCUGAACAGAGUGAAAAUGGAGAAAACUCAACGAACUCGGUUUGGAGACGACUGGAAGCCAGGCUCAAAACUUUAAGAACAAAAUAAACAGCUCAAAAUGCUGAUGGAGCAGCUGAAGGAGAUCACUGGCAUCCAGGACCAGCAGGUCCUCUACAAAGCCCUGAAGGCCAGCCAGGGGGACGUCGGACACGCUGUGGGACUACUGACCACCCAGACUGUGGAAGUUCAGGACUCUGCAGAGCCACAGGAGUCCGGCACGUCUGCAGAGACCUGGGACAAACAGAGAGGACUUCCUAAAGAUGAACUGCAGACGGCCAUUGAACUCAGCCUGCAGGAAUCCCACAAUGCUGAGCAAGAAGAGCGUGAGUUCAACAGAGCUCUGGAAGCCAGCGCUGAAGAAAAUGCAGCACGAAUGAAGAGGAAGAGAUGUGAAGCGCAGAGUGAGAUGUGCAGCCCUGCAGACUGGAUCCGUCAGGAUGACUGGCCCGUCGGCAUCCGCAACGUAGGAAACACCUGCUGGUUCAGUGCUGUCAUCCAGUCACUCUUCCACUUACCUGUGUUCAGGAGGCUGGUUCUCAACUACCAUCUGUCAGAACGAAUUCUGGAAAAGUGUAAGAGUCAUGCUGACAAGAGGAACAUUGCCUUCAUGCAGGAGCUGCGGUGCCUGUUUGCUCUCAUGGUGGGAUCCACUCGCAGGUUUGUGGAUCCCUCUGCUGCGGUGGAGUUGCUGCGCGACGCCUUUCGGACCAGCGAGGCUCAGCAGGAUGUCAGCGAAUUUUCCCACAAACUGCUCGACUGGUUAGAAGAUGCCUUUCAACUGGCCGCCAACGGAAAGAACGCAGAAGACAAGCAGCAAAACCCAAUGGUUCGGCUUUUCUAUGGCACCUUUGUAACGGAGAGGCGACAUGAAGGCAAGACACUGUACAACAUCGAGCAGUUUGGUCAGUACCCUCUGCAAGUCAACGGCUUCAGCAACCUGGACGAAUGCCUGGAAGGGGCGAUGGUUGAGAAGGAGAUCGAGUCGCUGCACUCGGACAACGCCGUCACGUCUGGCCGAGAGAGGUGGUUUAAAAAACUACCGCCGGUCCUGACCUUUGAACUUUCCAGAUUCGAGUUCAACACUCAGCUCGGGCGUCCCGAGAAGAUACACAAAAAAUUAGAGUUUCCACAAAUUGUUUACAUGGACAGAUAUCUUCACAAAAACAUAGAACGGACCAAUGAGAGGAGAGGGGAAGUGAAGAAGCUCAAGGAGCAACUUGCCACACUUCAACAGAAACUUGAGUGUUAUAAAAACUACGGCUCUGGACCGAUGAAGUACCCUCUAGCCGACAUGCUCCAGUUCGUUCUAGAGUUUGCCACCACCAAACCCACCAGCGUUUCCCCAGCUGAAGAUCCCAGACUCGCCACGUCUUCCCCGCCUCCUGUGAGCCACCCGCUGUCCGACGCCAGCGCCAAAGACAGCAGCGAACCUGGAGAUAAAGACUCACCGGACGGCCUGGUUUCCAGUGUUUCAAACUGCCAGCAGACGCCCAUUUACAAGCCCUUCACCCAGUGCAAACACCCGUCUGACUGCCCGCCCCACCCAGCGCCUCACAGCGCCACAGAAGAAGAGCUGCACUUCGUGAAGACCUGCCUGCGGCGCUGGAGGACUGAAGUAGAGCACGACAUAAACGAGCUAAAGACCAGCAUAGACAAACUCACUCAGACGCUGGAAGGCAUGUACUCAGACAACAGUCUCUGCCAGGUGCCCUACAGACUGCAUGCAGUGCUUGUUCAUGAAGGUCAGGCCUCGGCAGGUCAUUACUGGGCGUACAUCUACGACCACGCCAACCAGCGCUGGAUGAAGUACAACGACGUCAGCAUCACCGAGUCUUCGUGGGAGGAGCUGGAGCGAGACUCGUUUGGGGGGAUGACCAACGCCAGCGCGUACUGCCUGAUGUACAUCGAUGACCGGCUACCCCAGCUGAUCACAGAAGACACAGACGAUGAGACAGGCCAGGUGCUGCACGGCAUGGACUCCCUGCCGGCCGCGCUCAGACGCUACGUUCAGGAAGACAACCGCUGGUUCCAGCAGGAGCUCAGCGAGUGGGAGGAGCAGUUCUGCCAGACCGCCACUCCGCAGGAAGAGUCUGCGACCCCGGCGGAGCCUCCCAGCCCCAGCGUGGAGAACACGGAGCUAACACCUGUGGAGCCAGCACCCCAGUCUGGACCUUCCACUGAAGAGCCGGAGCAAGGAGCGGCUUUAGAGGCCCGGUCCGGCUCAGAAGAGGAGAAGACUGCAGAUCGUGAAGCCAGAGAGACGCCUGAAGCAGCAGAGGAGUCUGAGAUCGUGCCCCCAUCUACGAGUCCUGGCUGCCAAUCAGAUCCCACCGACACUCCCACAGUCAGUGACACCCUGGAACCGGGCCCGGACCCUGCAGGGCUGCAGAGUCAGACCUCUGGCUCAGAUGCAGAGCUGUGUAACCAGGCUGAAGUGUGUGUGCCUGGGGAGACGUUGGGACCAAACUCAGAGGCUAACGAUGGACCCGGAGCGUCUGGGGAGGCUCCCGGACUCGGAGCAGAUCCAGGAAACGAGGAGCAGCAGCAGGAGCAGCAGGAGGCUCCAUCCAGGCAGAGGCAGGUGGAGAACGAGGUGUCGGAGGUGGAGAUCCCCAACGUGGGCCGCAUCAUGGUGAGGGCCGAUGCUGACGGAUACAACGAAGAGAUGAUGCUUACCCCGGCUAUGCAGGGUGUCAUCCUGGCCAUAGCCAAGGCAAGACAAACGUUUGACAAAGAGGGCCCUGAGGCUGGCCUCAUCAAGGCCUUCCAUGAGGAGUAUUCCCGGCUGUUUGAGCUCUCCCAGGAGAAGAUCACCCCCCAGGAGGACGCCCGUCUGCAGCACGCUCUGGUUUACUUCUUUCAGAACAAGGCGCCCAAGCGUGUCAUCGAAAGGACGCUGCUGGAGCAGUUUACAGACCGCAACCUCAGCUUUGACGAAAGGGCCAUCAGCAUAAUGAGGGAAGCCCGAGCCAAGCUCCGCCUCAUUAAGCCAGAAGACAUGGACAUGGAGGAAUACAUGCAGUGGCAUGACGACUACAGGGACUUCAGGACGGUGUUUGUCUACUUGCUAACUGGGCUCGAGCAGUAUCAGCACGGAAAGAUGCGAGAGGCUAUGAACUACUUGGCUCAUGCGUAUGAGACCAACACCACUCUGCUGGGAAAGGGAGAGAAACAUGGUGUGAACAAAGCUCUUAUUGCAGUUUACAGAAGAAAGUGCCUCACUGCGCUGAACGACAGCGCGUCCCGGCUGUUCUGCAGCGGCGAGGAGGGCAAAGUGGAGGAGGGUCUCUCCAUCAUGGACGAAGCCGUCAUUCCCUGCCUUCACCUGAUGAGCCGGGACUCGGCUUUGUCCCAGGAGGACCGGGAUGCUAUCGAGAACAUCCGCAGCCACUGGUGCUGCUGCCUGGGUCAGGACAUGGAUGAUUCGCUGCAGGUAAAGUUGGGCGAGUUGCUGCCGCGGGUUCUGGACGGCUCCAGUGGGACGGUGGUGUUGAAAGAUCCACCAAAAGUUCACGUCAACCAGGCCCACGACCUGUGCAGCCGCCUGGCCGCUGUGAUGGAGUCCAUUCACAACACCACAGUAGUAACUGUCCAGUAAAAUCCUGAAGGAAACCCAUGAAAACCUCUGGGAGCCAAACAUCUGCAGCAGCACGGCGGGCAGAGAGCUCUGUGCUGAUAGGACAGUAUUGUUCACACCUGCAUGUAGUACCUAAUGGCUGCUGGUUUGGAGUUGCACAUGAGUAGAAAAUUUGAUGUGAUACAUACAGCAAUCACUCGUUGUGAUUAGAUAGACAGUGCACAAAUACGAGCUCAUCGAGAAUAGGAAAGAACUGAAUGAGAAGUUUCUGAGGAUAAUGGUUUAGCCCUUCCUGUUUGCUUUCUCCCUUCUCACCUAACCAAUACUAACAGUCCUUCAGAGUCAUUAAACCUUUUGCAGGCAAAGCAAAAGAUUGCCAAAAAUGCAGAUGUUUAGUGACCAAUAUCAGACAUCUACACGUUUUACAUUUAAAUCUGUUGUAAAUAAACAAAACUGAUUCCUGGUGUAAAGAAACGACAACGUCGUUAAAUGGAAGGGUUUCACAUUUCAGGACAUAGUAAUAAUGAUUUGGGCCUUAGUGAGGUUCUAAAGGGAUUUAAAUCUAACCCCAGGUUCCAUAUUUUUGAAACAAAAUGCAAACGUAGCAGCCAGGUGCUGCCAGACACGUUCACAUGACUAACUGCUCAACUUUAUAAAAAUAUGACUCUAUCACUAUCACUCCCCUAUUGGGUGUACAGUAGAAGCAGGGCCUCAAGAAUCUACAAACCAAAAGGGAAAAUUUCUGACAAUUAGAGUAACAGAACAUAGAAAUAAACUAAGAAACUAAACACAAAGUAAUGAACUAAUACAGCAAGACCUGUGAGAUAAUACUGUAGACAGGGAAAUUAAAGGGACAGUAUUAUGUAAGAGUAAGUCUUUUUUAGCUUUACAUUGUGCUAUAAAGUUAUGCCCUCAUUAAAAACAUGCCUGGAGUGUUGCCUUGAUUCUUUCACGCAUGUAUGAGAAAUACUUUAAUCUCCAUGGCAACCAUUCAGCUGUGCAAAAUCCCUGGUUGAAUUUAGCCCCCGCCUUUGAAGCACAGCUCCUCCUCGAAGGUGCAGUUGCCAAGCUUUCAAGCAUCUGCUUCUCCCUGUCACUCCCCCACUCAGCUCCUUCAGACUAGCCAGUGGCAAUUAGCAAACACCUGGUGAAACUGCUCAUCUCCUGAGCUCAUUAUACAAGCUUCUUCUCAGUGCAAGGCUGGGAAAAAUGUUGUUAAAGGGUUAUGAGUGGAGCGAUGUUGUGAUGACUUCCUGAAGGCGGAGUGUCAGAAAGAGCAGGGGUUUUCACAAAGAGGCAUUCAAGGCGUUAAGUUACAAAUUAAAAUUUAUUUCAUUUAUAUGGCAUUUUUAGAACAACCAAACGCAACAUAUUACUUGAUUAUGCUAUAAUCUAUAAAUAUGCUAUAAUUGACACUGUGCCUGGAAGAGACAUAAUACUCCCCCUUUAAGUGAAAUAGGCCAAAACCUAAAGAGCAUAAAAACAAUGAAGUGAUCGAAACACAAAACGAUUGUAGCACUUCCUCCACUUCCUUCUAUGCCUGCCACCUGCCUCUUCUGAUUAUUGAUCUUCCUUCGGAGCAGUUUAUUGGUAGAUCUGAUAUUAAGUGCAUUAUUAUGUUCUCUUCUGGUAGUUGGUGUGGAUAAAAGUAUCUCCUAAAUGCACAAACACAUAAAGAUAAACUCCAAUUAAUGUCCUGAAAUGUUCAUAAAUCAGAUAUGUUUCACUGGUUGAUUGUAUUGUUAACUGUGCACAAUAAUAUUUAGACUCAGUUCUGCAGGACGCCGUUUAUAUUUGAAUAGUUGUGUUGCUUAGUCAGCUCCCGGCACAGUGAUGCUCAUUAGGUUAAAAAAACACUAAAUUUGUUCUGCACAGCAAAGAAAUAUGGUUUGUUGGCUUUUUUUAAAUACAUCUUUUAUAUCAUCUCUUUGUAUUUCUCCAAAACAGAAAUUAGAACUGACAGAAAUGUCACUAUAAUAAAUAAUUACAUCUUAAAAGUUAUAAGUGACAACGCUGUAGAAACCCUUUAACUGUGAGGACUUCAUGUUGUUUCUGUGCCUUAAAUUCAACUCAUCACUGAAAUCUCUGAAUCCAGGUUUUAGAGGUGACAAAUGGAGCAACUCAAGCCCAUUUUGCAAAUGUUUCACUUGUACUCUAUGAUGACCUUCAAUAAAUGUUUUAAAUAAUCUCUGUA